GACAGUUAUGUCUGUUAUGUGACAUCUAUUGAAAGUAAAUUUGAAGUACUUUUGAGUCUUUCUUUUCUUUUCCAUCUUUUUUUAAUUUAUAACGGAUUACAAUUAUUGAUAAUUGAUUACGAUGUUUGGAAAGGUUUUCAUGGAACUUUUAUCAAUUACUCAACGUUGCAGACACACGAUGAAAGUCAGUCUCGCCAAUAUGGUUAAGCGCGAAUAUGGAAAGUCAUUCUCUUUGUGCAAUAAAGUCAAAGACAUAUUACCUGUACACGAAGAAUUGCAGGAAAUUUUCAAAUUCAGGGACACAAAAAUCAGUAACUGGAUCAUAGAGAACAAAGUGCGUGCGUUAUGCGUUAAAUAUGCCGAAAGCAACAAGGAAGAUCGUAAACAGAUCUUACGUACGUUGGCUGCCCAAUAUGCUGUCCAACAUGAUAAUAUAUGUCAAGUAGCCAGGAAGUUAGUUUGCACCAAGCCUGAAAAUGAAAGGCAGAUGAUUAAUCAUGAAAGAGCUUUGAAGGAUAUGCUUACACCAGCCUAUCAUUGGUUGUUUGUUGUUAUGGGAAGGCUAGAGAAUGGCGUGAAGUUCUUGGUUGAUCUGAGAACUGAUGUUUUGGAACUGAUGGCUGAAGUAAAAGAUGCUGAUGAAAGUAUAAUAAUACAGCAAUUAAAUCACACACUGCGAAAUUUGUUUUUGCUUUGGUUUUCAGUGGGUUUUUUGCACAUAGAACGAAUAACAUGGGAGAGCACGUGUGAUACACUGCAAAAGAUAUCAGAUUAUGAAGCUGUACAUCCUAUAAAAAAUUGGUUAGAUUUAAAACGUAGAGUGGGACCAUAUAGAAGAUGUUACAUAUUUACACAUCCUUCCAUGCCAAAGGAACCUAUUGUUGUUUUGCACACAGCAUUAUGUGACAUUAUUCCAGAUAGUGUGAAGAGUAUCGAAGAAGCUGAAACUAGAAUUCUGGGAAGUACAAAAAAACAUGUAACUUUUCUUGAAGAAGACAAAACUAAAAUAAAAGCUGCAAUAUUCUAUUCUAUAUCGUCGACUCAAAAAGGAUUGCAGGGUAUUGAACUCGGUAAUUACCUUAUAAAAGAAGUAGUCAAGGAAAUUACAACUGAAUUUCCAGCUGUACAGCUAUUGUCUAGUUUAUCACCGAUACCUAACUUUAAAGCUUGGUUACUUGAAAAACUAAAGCAAGACAUGAAAUAUAUAUUCACUAUGCAAGAAUAUGAAACCAUGAGAGAUAUUUUAAAAACUGAAGAUGUAUCAGUCCUAAAAAAGAUUCUAGGAACUUCAUUAUGGACAAGCGAUGGAAAAUUGUCAGAAUUUUUAAAGGAGCCACUACUUCGAGCAUGUGCCUGGUAUUUAUACAAAGAAAAAAGACGUGGCUAUGCUUUAAAUAAUGUCGCAAACUUUCAUUUACGUAAUGGAGCUGUGAUGUGGAGAAUAAACUGGUUGGCUGACCCUUCACCACGCGGAGUAGCUAAUAGUUGUGGCAUAAUGGUCAACUAUAGGUACUUUUUAGAUGAAUGUGAGAAGAACAGCAGGAAUUACAUCGAACAUUUUGUUAUAAAUGCUUCGGACAGUGUAAUUAAUCUGGCCGCGCAGGCGGAAAAAUUAAGACUUGUACGAAGUAUGCUAUAAAAGAUUAUUGCUGAAGCAAAUCUGAAUAGAAAAGAAGAAGAAUAUAAAUAUCUUAAGUAUAAAUAAAAGAUUAUUAUGAUAAAAUUAUGAUGGAGAAUUGACACACCAAAGGAUGAAGGGUGUCUAAUUCAUUGAUAAGAAAAUUUGCUUUAUUACUCUUCAAAUUUUAUGUUUUUAUUAAAGAUUAUUAAAUUUGUUCAUUUAUACAAUAGCUGAUUUGUUUCCAGCUUAAAGACAGCACAAUGGUCUGCAGACAAGUCUAAAACAAAUAAUAUAAUUUUAAUUAUAAUUUAAAAAUUAUACAUUUCUUUAUAAUACGUAAUAGAGAAGCACAAAAGCGCAUCGAGAUAACGUCGGGAGUAUUGAAUUGUACGUGCAAUUAUAUUUUUUUCUCGAUUUGUUUUUCUCUAACAAUUGUAUAUAAACGUUACAAAUUUUUAUUCAAGAGAGGAGAGGGAAAAAAUAAAGUCUCAUACACACCUGUA